AUGGAUUCAAAAUCAUCAAGAGGAAGAAAAUCAUCGAAUGACGAUAAUAGAAUUGAUAAAAAAAAAAGAAUUAAUCGUAAUAAUCAAAGAAAUUAUAAAGAAAGACAAAAACAAUUAUUGAUAAAUCUUAAUUCAAAUAUUCAAGAAUUGGAACAACUAUCGAACAAAUUAAAACAAGAGAAUAAUUUAUUGAAAAGAGAAAAUGAUUCACAUUUGAAAGAUAAUGAAAUGUGUAAACAAGAAAAUAAUUCAUUAUUAGAAUAUAAUAAAAUGAUAAGAAAAGAAAAUGAUUUAUUGAAAAGUGAAAAUGAAUCGUUAAAGAAAAAUAGUAUCGAAUCAGAUAAAAAAUCAAAGUUUGUAAUUCUGAUAGUGUUGUCGAAAUUAGUAAUUUAA